GCGGGGCCUCGCGUAAUGGCGGACGCGGGCCGGUUGAGCGCGGCUGGGGGCGUAUCGCGCUGAGCUGGGGUCCGGCAGUGUGGCUGCGCGCGACGCGGCCCGCGGGAUCACGCCCCGCGCGGUGAGGGGCGGCCGGCCGGCCCUUCUGUCGCUGCGAGCGACCGCGCGAGACCAGGUUGUUUUUCAUCAUUCAGAACAUUGCCUGAAGCAGGUCCACCAUGCCGUUAGUAACGAGGAACAUCGAGCCAAGGCACCUGUGCCGUCAGACGUUGCCUAGAGUUCCAAGCGAUCUGGAAUGCGUGACCAACAUCACCCUGGCAAAUGUCAUCCGACAGCUGGGCAGCCUGAGUAAAUAUGCAGAAGACAUUUUUGGAGAGCUCUUUACCGAAGCAAAAACCUUUGCCUCUCGGGUAAGCUCCCUUGCUGAGAGGGUCGACCACCUACAAGUGAAAGUCACUCAGCUGGAUCCCAAGGAAGAAGAAGUGUCACUACAAGGCAUCAACUCCCGGAAGGCCUUCAAGAGCUCCACCAUUCAAGACCAAAAGCUUUUUGACAGAAACUCUCUUCCAGUACCUGUCUUAGAAACGUACAACACCUGUGAUACUCCGCCACCUCUCAACAAUCUCACCCCUUACAGGGACGAUGGGAAAGAGGCACUCAAAUUCUACACAGACCCUUCGCACUUCUUUGAUCUUUGGAAGGAGCAGAUGCUGCAGGACACCAAGGAUAUCAUGAAAGAGAAGAGAAAGCACAGGAAAGAAAAGAAAGAUAAUCCAAAUCGAGGGAAUGUAAAUCCACGUAAAAUCAAAACACGGAAAGAAGAGUGGGAGAAAAUGAAGAUGGGACAAGAAUUUGUGGAAUCCAAAGAAAAGUUGGGGCCUUCUGGGUAUCCACCCACCUUGGUGUACCAGAAUGGCAGCAUCGGUUCUGUGGAAAACAUGGACUCUGUCAGCUACCCACCACCACCACAGACAGACGCUACUUCUCCGCCUUCUCCGUCCUUCUCUGAGGACAGCUUGCCUCCCCCGCCAGCUGAAUUCAGCUAUUCGUCAGACAACAACCAAGGGGGGUCUGGCUUGGUCGGAGCCAAACGGUCCAGUGUGGUCAGCCCGAGCCACCCACCACCAGCCCCUCCUGUGCUGUCCCCACCAGGCCCCAAACCGGGCUUUGCUCCCCCGCCUGCGCCUCCGCCGCCGCCGCCUCCCGUCAUGGGCAUUCCACCCCCUCCGCCUCCUGGAGGCUUCGUGUCUGCAGGGACCCCUCCACCACCUUCGCCCCCAUCCUUCCCACCUCACCCUGAUUUUGCUGCCCCUCCCCCGCCUCCCCCGCCACCGGCCGCUGACUACCCAACCCUGCCGCCGCCUCCUUUGUCCCAGCCAGCAGGGGGAGCACCGCCCCCUCCGCCCCCUCCGCCUCCCCCAGGCCCCCCUCCUCCCCUGUUCAGCGGCGUGGAUAGCCAGCCUGCCCCCCCACCUCCACCUUCCGAUGCUGCCAAGCCCAAGUCUAAUUUGCCUCCCGUGAGCGAUGCCCGCAGCGACUUGCUUUCAGCCAUUCGUCAAGGCUUUCAGCUGCGCAGGGUUGAGGAACAACGGGAACAAGAGAAGCGGGAUGUGGUGGGCAAUGACGUGGCCACCAUCCUGUCACGCCGCAUUGCUGUGGAGUACAGCGACUCGGAAGAUGACUCCUCUGAGUUUGAUGAGGAAGACUGGUCGGAUUAACGCCUCCUGGCCGCUCCCCACCUUCUUCUUCCUUCCUACUUGCUUUCUUUGAUGCCCACCCCGGCGAUCUCAUGGGGGGUGGGAAAGGGAGGGAAAAAAGGAAUUUCAAGGGGCCAAAGUCUUCCCUGAAGCAACCAAAGAUGUAUCCAAGUGCUUCCUCCAGAUCAAUGUCUGUUUUCCACCCCCGCCCCCGCCCCCAUAGUCAGGCCCUGUGGAGCUCCUGGGGUUUAGUAGCUUAGACAUUCCCUCUUCCUUCCCUUCAUAUUUUUAAGCAGAGCUCUUUGAAUGGUUUGAAAUUGGAGUUGGUGCCUUCCCCUAGGAGCCAUUUUCCACAGUGGACUUCCACAAGGCUUAGCUUUCAGCUACUUCAAAUAAUGCCGGCCACCCCUGGCCCCGCGGCCGGCGCGAGCACGCUUUCCUGGGCACCGCUUCCCGGCGGUCAGAUCAGCAGGGGAGGCUCCCUUUGGCUAAGCAGUUUCUAUGUCUGGGUGCCCUUUUUUUCCAGGCUCCGCCAGGCCCCUCAGGAAUGUCUCACUCCUCCGCCCAGAAAUUACGCCCUUCAGAAGGCCGAGCUCGUUGCCUCGUGCCCAGGGACCUUCUGAAGAAUGUGAUGUCCGGGUGUUCCGGAAGUGCCCCGCCCUCACCUCCAAGUGCCACCUGGCACUGCCUCCCACUUCUAACCCCCGACACUCAUGACCAAAUUAGCCCCGCCACACAGGGGCCGGGGCCUCUGCUGGCCGUCGAGACCCGGAACUGGAGGAGUGCUGGGACUCCGGGUCUGACCCACCGAGCGUGACGUGGGAAGAGACUUGCUCGGGGGCACAGGGUUGGGUGGUGAUAGGGAGACCCCAGGGUCCCUGAUUCCAAGGCACCUGUGCUUUCUGGGACCAAAUCGCGGGCCCCUGUUGUCGUCCGGGUGUUGCUUCUCCAGCCCUCACCGCAGGUGGGCUCCCAGUGGUGGGGCGGGGCUCCUGAACCCGGCCUCUCGGCGUCCCACAAUCCUUGGCUCCCGGUGUCCCAUCACUCCCCUCCCGCAUGACCUUGGGGCCUGGAGACAGUGAGAGGAGGAAGCAGCUCGGCAGCUUCUGACAGGUGCUGUUUUCAAUUCCUCUCAGCUCCCCCUCCUUUUUAUUUCCCCAAUUUAAGCCCAGGCUCUGCCAAGUGUAGCAACUUCAGUCCCUCAGGCUGGCAGCCUCUGUUGGUAGCCGCGAGGGGGGCUGCGAGGCAGAGGGGCUCUGGGCCUGUGUCUAGCUGCCCCUUUUCCCUGCACACGGUCAUGUUCCCCGCUCAGGCCCCUUCCCCGGAGCUAACACACAGGUGCUAUUAUUCAGGGAGAAAACUGGUCAGCUGUGGCCAGCAGUGAGGUCCCUUCUCUUCCGUCCGAACUAUUGUGCAGCCUCUUGUGCUGAAACCGGCUUCUCCUGGCUUCUCGAGCUUUCAGAGCCCUGAAACAAAGAGAAACAGGAUCUGUCUCUGCCCAGCGCAGCAAAUGGUUGUAGUAAUUGCCAAAGCUCUUGUAAACCCCUCCGGCUGGAGGAGAGCAUGUAAUCACGGGUCCUGCCGCGGUGCCCUGGCUGAACGCUCCCCCUCUCCUCCCUUCCUUGAACUCGGGGCCUGGGAACUGAGCCGGGAGGUGCCAGCAGGCCCUCUGCUCGGCUGCUCCGGCCCGUGCCCUCCUCCCUCUCCCUAGCUCAGGUGUCUCUGGCACUGGGCUGGCACCAGGCUCCAGCGCAGAGCUGAGCAGGCUCUGUGCCUCUGCCUUGUUCCCCAGCCUGCUCUGUGGAUGCCGAAGGUGCUUUCUCAGAGCCCUGAGGGGCCGGAGAGGCAGCCGAGGGCAGUGGUUCUCCCAGAGAGGAGCCCUGGGGCCCAGCCAGGCCAGGGUUUGCGCCUAAUGGCUUUGACUAAAUUACCCCUCCCCCUCCUUUCCGGAAAGGGGGAGCCAGCACCACUCGCCAGGGUUCUGCUCUGACCUUGAGAGGGGCGGCGUUGGCCUGGCUUGUGGAAUGGACAGCGUCUGCUGUCCGUCCGCAGUGGAAAGGGCUGGGGGGCAGGAGGAGGUGGGGAGGGGCGCCGCCUGCGGAAGGUAGGAUUAGAUCAUUAGCUCAGUGACCUCCUAGGGUUUCGAUGUGCUGUGUUCUCAUCCUACAGCUGGUUUGGUAAUGAUCUGCAAGUCCCGGAGAGCAACAGCACAGCUCUGCCUGACGCUCUCAUUAAAAUCUAUGCAGCCAAGCUCGGCGCUUUGUAGCAGCCGGCCUUGCGGAGCCUCCUCAGCUUGGGGGGGCUGGGGACCCAGUCAGCCGAGAGGCCCUCUGGGCUCUCCUUAUGCAUAUGUGCACCAAAAAAAAAGCUUCUUUAAACCCAAAGCCCUUUAGGAUGAUAAAGGAUCCUGUGCAGGUAAUUGUGUGUUUUCGGAACCCUGUAAUGUAGAAUGCAGAGUUUAGUGAUUAUUUAAACUGGGCUGAGGCCGGUAGGAGUGUGAAACAAUGGCCCAUAAGGACUCUUCCUGCUGAAGCCUGGGAGCCGCCUCCCUCCCUGGGCCUGCCGCGUUCCUGGGGCCCCGGGGCCCAGCCUGCCGCUCCAUGUGGAGGCCUGUGGCUACUCAGCCAGGGACUGAGAUGACACAUUCCAGAGGGGGGCAGGGGCCGCACGGGUGGGCUCGGGGAUCCCUCGGAGGCUCAGAGCAGCUGCCCAGGCCCCAGCUUGCCUCCGACAGAAGCUCAGGCGCCCUCGGAGACGACCCUGGCCAGUAUCACCGGCAGAGCCGAGGCGGUGUUGUCAGGCCGAGUGGGGAAUCUCUUCCCGCGGCGCCGACCCUCUGACGCGGCUGCCGGCUUGGACAGACUAAGGCCCGUGGCGCUGGUGACCCUGUUCCAGGAUUCCCACCGGACCCGGCCCUCGGCCUCCCCUCCACCACAGCCCGUCGCCGGACCUCAGGGCAGCCAGGGCUGGUACCCCAGGUCAGAGACUUUGGCUCAGGAGACACGAAAGCAGCAGACUUUGAGCGGGGCGCAGCCCUUCCGCGGGACCAGGUGCCACCCAGAGACCCACCUCGUCUUGUGCCUCGGAGAGGAAUAGGGAACAAUUUAUUAUUGUAUUAACUUGACUCAAUUAACUCACUUGAGAAACUAACCAAUUUUUACUUUCCGUCUAGAAUGUUGUACAUGUAGGAAAAUAAGCCGUAAUGCUCCCAAAGUGCCUUGUUUUCUCUGACAUAAAUAUAUUUAUAAGGACCGA